AUGCCCCCGGCCGCGCCUGACGAUUUGAUCCGCCAGCAGAGCCGCAUAGAAGACGAUUCCCCCUUCUCAUCAGACCAGCCUCGCAUUAUUCCAGAGCAUGAGACUGUCAGCAAGAGUAAAAAGAAGAAGAGUGGAAAGAAAGCCAAGGCCAAGGCAGCGGCCGAGAGUCCGCCCGAGGAGAUGUGGGAUAGACCUUUGCAAUGGGAUGAAUGCAACUCCGCUGACAUUUCACCCAGAAUUAUCUCCCCUGCGCCUGACCUCCCCGACUUACCAGCCCCUCCAGAGCAGCCAGAAGACCCUGUAGAACCAGAGCCUUCGUCUUGGCCUGACCAUGAUCCUCUCUUGGAUCACCAUGCCCCUCCCGAGGCUUCUCCCCUGUCCCCUGUGACCUCGCCCGUGCUGGAUGCACUUGGUUCACUUAGAGAAAGGGUAGAAACCCAUGACUUGAAUAGGCGCACCGACACAUGGGCCAAGUCAGUUCCCUUUGGGAAGAGCCCUCCAACAGACUUGAUCGAUGCCGAGCUUCCCCAAGAUUCUCCCCUCAACUUCCCUACCAUCCAGGAGCGAGGCUUCAGUCAACCCUCUUCAGCCUCCCCCCCAACACGUAUUCGCCCUUUCAGCUACGGAAGUGGCUAUCGGAGUAGUAUGAUGCGUUCCCGACAGCCGUCGGUGGAUCGAAGCAAGAGUUAUUCUUACGGAAGUCCAAUGAGCAACUUGGCUCCUCCUCCGCACAUGCCCCAGGCUCAUUUCUACGGAGCUCCAGACGUUGAGCUUCCGAAUCAACCUCGGUCAGUGGCAGAUGACGCAUAUUCAUUCUGUGGCUUCGAUGUGCUCCCGAGUCUAUCAGCUAAAUCGGCCCGCGGUGGUACAACGGUCUUGGUUGUGGGAAUGGAUAGUCGGGUGGAGAUCUAUGCUGUAGAAAGUCGUCGAUCUCGCCUGGUCGGUCAGAUUACCGGGCUAAAUGGCCGUGUUCUGGAUGCAAAGAUACUAUCGGAUUCCUGUCAGAGCGAUCCUCCCAAUCCUUCACACCCGCACGUGGCCAUCAUUAUCCACGGGCCCAAGGCACAUGAUAGGGAGGACGGCCGCUCUUCUUCUGUCGCGUCAGAAAACAAUGAGACCCUCCCAACCCCAAGCAGAGGAGAACCUGAUAGACGUUCUACCAGCGAUGUUCCUUUUUACCAGACUCGAGUGGAGGUUUAUUCGUUGCGGUCUGGCAACCAAGUUGCAACAUUGUUCGCAGGAAAGCCCGUCCCAGCAAUGGAGUUCGCUCCAGGCCUUCCGAGCUUAGCACCGCCUCCAGUCGGCAGCUUGAAGAUCCAAAGUAGCGGGAAACAUAUUAUCGUGGCUUCAGGUAUUAGUGGAGAAGUCUAUGUGUACCGUCAAACUCUUGGAAGCACCUACCAGUGCUUGGGGAAAACUUGGACCAGCGUUCAAACUGGUGAAACUCGGAGGUACUCGACUUCCUCCAGCUCGACCGACCCAGAUGGCUCUCAUCUAGACUCGGCUCGUACAGCACCACUGGAGAACCCUAUAUUAGGUAUCCAAGGGCGAUGGCUGGCAAUAGCCCCUCCUUCGAAUUCCUCCAAGGAAUCAAUUCGAGGUCAGGUCCCCGCCGAGAUAUGGCAUGAUCGAGCCGAAGGGAUUGCUUCACGAAAUGCGCCCACGAUGCCAUCCGUGAAUUGUGCGACGGAUGUCGGAGAAGGCGAAAGCUUCUUUGACAAAUUUGCCCGCGGCGUCACCCAGGAAUUCGUGAAGGGCGCUCGUUGGAUGGGAGAUCAGGGAAUGCAAGCUUGGUCUAAUUACUGGAAGCCCCAGCAGCCCCCCGGGACAUCCCCUCAGCGGCCAGUCCGGGCCUCAGAUUCACCAAACCCGAGCUAUGGGGCUUUCCCUCCUACCCAUGCUCAAGACACACAGUCCUCGUCGCCGGCCGAAGCAGAUACCGUGUCCAUCAUCGACUUGAAGCAAUUUGGGGACGGAGCAGACGCGAAAUCGGCGUCUCUGCAGCCUGUAGCUACGUUCCAAGUCCCCAACGGCUGCAGCUUCCUUUCGCUUUCACCAAAUGGGCUUAUGCUGUUCACGGCCAGUAAGAAAGGAGAUGUCCAAUACGUGUGGGAUCUCAUGCAAUUUAGGCAUUGCCGAGCCAUGAAUAUGAUGGCUGAUAACUUUUCUUACCCAAGCGCCAAUGUGCGACAAGUGGCGCGAUACGCGCGGUUGACUGCAUCCAGUAUUAUGGAUGUCAUCUGGGCUGGACCCGCCGGUGAUCGCCUUGCCAUCAUCACUCGGAAGGGGACAAUUCAUGUCUACGACCUUCCCAGAAGUGCAUUCCAAUGGCCUCCUUUCCGCCGGGCCCGUCCUGUGGCAAAGUCGCCAACUGUUGACCCAGCAAGUGACGAACUACCAGGACAAUCAUCUGGAGGUAACCCCCUGUCGGCGGCCAUCAAGCUGGUCGGAGGUAAGACCCAGCCAUUCUUUUCGGCCGUCCGGGGUCGAGUUCCCUCUACAGGUGCCGCAAUUCCCAAUAUAGGUGGAUUUGCAUUGCCCGCGGCAGCAGGCAUUAAAGGUGGGAAGGUUGUCGCCGCUGGCCUCAGUAAGUCCAUGGGGGCCGCUGCUACUGGAACUGUCCAUACCCUGCGGCAUGUUGGCGAGAACCGCGUUCAUUUGACGGGGCUUGCACGGGACCCAGCGGCUGCUCGCGUGGUGUGGAUCCUAAGUAAAGGCCUGAUCUACCUAGGUGCUGUAGACGAUGGGAUCUUCAAGCUUUACCGGCUUAAACUCGGACCUACCAGCCACAAGAAUCGCCAGUUUCACUCGAUUAUUGGUGGCAAAGAGGUCCAGUAUAAAUUGCCUGCUUGUCUGCAGUCUCACUGCGGUCCAGCGCUCCUCUCGCAGUAUGAUCCUAAUCGCACAGUUCAGGGCAGCCUGAUCAUGCCUUCCGUCGGUACCCAGCAUUCCUACACAGGCCGUCAUCUCACCCAGCCUCUCUCACAAGCGGAGAUCGAGACGAAUACGCCAUAUCAGCCAUUUCAUACGGACCAGCGAGUUGGGCUGCAUGUUUUCAAUGUCGACAAUGAAGUUACUGAUCCGACACUCUCAUCUCCUGGAAAACCAUGGGUCUUUGGAGGUGACAUUCCAGUGACCAAAAUACACGUUCGAUCCUAUAAUAAUAGUGGUGAGGAUGGCCUUGCAGAUGAUGAGCAGGAGGACGCUGCAAUUCAUGGCCACUCUUUUGGCGCUGGGGGAGAUAUGGAGAAUCUUAUCAGCCUUGCCAACAGCGCCGGUCAGGUCGAAGAGGUUGUGAUUACAACUCGACGUAAGAAGAAACAAUCUUCCCCUUCGAAAACGGAAGAGGAAAUUUUCGAAGACGACUGUGAGGUUUUAGACUUUGCCCGAGACCGAGUCUAA